CAGAACGCAUUCCUUCGGAGUUCCAGAGCGUACAAGGCAAAGGACAUACUUUCUUUAUAUUUGGGGAAAUAUAAUGGACAACAAAACAAUUCUAGAAGAGCUUCUUUUAAAGAAGUCACAACAGAAGAAAAAGAUUUCACCAAUUAAUUACAAGGAACGGUUGUUUGUUCUCACAAAAGCAAGCCUUUCUUAUUAUGAAUAUGACAAAGAGAAAAGAGGAAGCAAAAAGGGGUCAAUUGAUAUUAAGAAAAUCCGAUGUGUUGAAACAGUGAGUCUUGAGGAAUCAACACCUCCUGCAAGACAAUAUCCAUUUCAGAUUGUAUACAAGGAUGGCCUGCUCUAUGUCUAUGCAGCUAGUGAAGAGAGUCGGAACCGAUGGCUGACAGCUUUGCAUAAAGAAAUUAAAGACAAUUCCGAUCUACUAAACAAGUACCACAAAGGAUUCUUCACCAAUGGGAAGUUUCUCUGUUGCAACCAGACGUGUAAAGCAGCCCCCGGAUGUACAAUUUGGGAGAAAUAUGUGGGUCUACAUUGUACAACCAAGGCUGUGAAACCACUGCCUCCGGUCCCUCAGACACUGCAGAAGCGUAGAAGCCUACCCCAGGUGUCAUCACCAGAUAAGUCAGUCCUGAAGGUGGCUUUGGCCCAGUGCAACUAUGAACCCACAGGAAAAUCAACUAUUCGGCUUGUUAAGAGCAAUAAAUACUAUGUACUGAAAGAAGAAAAUUCUGACUGGUGGCAAGUAAGGGAUUUGGAAGGGAAUGAAGGUUUCGUACCAAGCUCUUACUUGAGAAAAUUAUGUGUGAAUGACGAUGAGCCAAGGGAAAACUCUAGUGCCAGUGAGAAUUCAUCAGCGGAAGAGCAGAGUAUUGCUAAGCAUGAUUGGUAUGCUGGUAAUAUCUCCCGUGCCCAGUCUGAGCAUCUGCUCCGUCAGAAGGGGAAAGAAGGUGCUUUUAUGGUUCGGAAAUCUAGCCAAGUAGGAAUGUAUACCGUGUCCGUAUUCAGCAAGGCUCCUGAAAGUAAAAAAGGAGCAGUCAAACAUUACCAUGUGCACAGAACCACUGAAAACAAUUACUAUCUCGCUGAAAAUUACUGUUUUGAAUCAAUUCCCAAGCUUAUUCACUACCAUCAGCACAACUCGGCCGGUAUGGUGACAAGGCUCCGGCAUGCAGUGUCUACACAAGUAAAUAAGGUCCCAGCCACAGCCUCAUUAGGAAAUGGAAUCUGGGAGCUGAAACGAGAAGAAAUUGUAUUGUUGAGAGAACUAGGGAGCGGUCAGUUUGGAGUGGUGCAUCUGGGAAAGUGGAAGGGACAAUAUGAUGUGGCCAUAAAGAUGAUCAAAGAGGGAGCGAUGUCAGAAGAUGAAUUCAUAGAAGAAGCUCAGACCAUGAUGAAACUUAAUCAUCCCAAACUUGUUAGACUGUACGGCAUAUGCUCAAAAUCAUAUCCCAUCUAUCUGGUGACAGAAUAUAUGGCUAAUGGCUCUUUGCUUAGCUACUUAAGGAGUCACGGGAAGGAACUGCUACCUCUUCAGCUUCUGGAAAUAUGUUAUGAUAUUUGUGAUGCUAUGGCCUUCCUGGAGAGCUGUCAGUUCAUACACAGAGAUUUGGCUGCUAGGAACUGUUUGGUUGACAGCAAUCUUACUGUGAAAGUGUCUGACUUUGGGAUGACUAGGUAUGUUCUGGAUGACCUGUAUAUAAGCUCACUAGGAACUAAGUUUCCAGUGAAGUGGUCUGCACCAGAAGUUUUUAAUUACACCAAAUUUAGCAGCAAGUCAGAUGUAUGGGCCUUUGGUAUCCUUAUGUGGGAAGUGUUCACUUUGGGAAAGCAACCCUAUGAGCUGUAUGAUAACAUGCAGGUGAUUGAGAAAGUUUCUCAGGGAUUCCGGCUUUAUAGACCACAACUGGUUUCAGACAUCAUCUACCAGAUAAUGUACAACUGCUGGCAUGAGCAACCAGAAAAGCGCCCCAGCUUUUAUCAGCUCCUAUCAUUUUUUGAGGCACUGAAAGAAGACGACAGGGCUUGAAGAAGAAUGUCCGUAAACAAAUGACUGUGUGUGUUGGUUCCAUAUCACCUGUCUUCUAUAAGGGAGUUAUAUCUGAAAUUUGUCUGACAUGAGUCACCUGUAUCAUUCUGUGUUAGUAUUCUUCUAAUUUAAUCAGGGAGUUGGCCAAGAAGAGUAUGGAGAAAGCUUUUGUGAUAUUCUGCAGGAGAUAGCAUCUGGAGGGAUACUGUAUAAGAAUAUAAUUCAUUUUAUUAGCAUUGUCUCAAAGGACUUCUCAAACACUGAGGUAUACAGUAAUUGUGUAAACUUUUUCAGUGCUUCCAAGCCGUCAUUAUUUGGCCUUAACUGGAAAUGUAAAAAGGGAAAUAUAUGCUUGUUAGGUUUUCUGAUUAUCAUAAUGCAUCUGAGUGUGUUUUUCCUUUGCAAUCACCUGAAGCUGAUUUGAAGAAAAAUUCAGAACUGCUGCAAGUGACAACAACAUGAGUAGUUAUAGUCUUGCCUUCAAUUACUUAGAAAUUAUUAUCAGUAAAUUAUUAUAUCCAUUUGCAUACUAGUACUAUUGACUUUAGUUUGGGCCAUCAGGGUAUCUUUUUGAUUUGGAAUUCAUGCUAAACUAUGUAUCUAAGAUAUUGGCAAUUAGAUACACGAAUGGUGUUUACUGUAAUGUGAUAUAGCUUGCUGCUAGACUUAAAAAUGAAAAAAAUAUGUUCUAUCCAGAAUUCUGUGGUCAUUAUAAUCAUCAAUGGUAAAUUUUGCUCAUCUCUAUAAGACCUGACAGGCAAAAAUUUGAAGAGAAUUGAAAAUGCUAUGAAUAUAAUGUUUAACCAAAUAUUUCACUAUUGAAGAGCUGAAAUUUGGCUCCUGAUGUUAACACUGAGUUCUUAAGUAAAAGCACCUGACUUUCAUGUUUGCAUAGCAGUACCCUAAUUAAUACUGACUUAUAUAAAUCUAGAGAUGCCAAAUACAUCUGAAGCUGCAUAGCUACUUCCAGUUUUGGAAAGUAUAAGGACAAAUAAAGGAGUCUAAAAUUAGGCACUCGUAUGUGUAAAAUGCUGAUCUGAUAUAGGGUUUUUGGUUUUUGUUUCUUAAAUAAAGUAAGAU